AUGGCGGACGACACGCCCACGAAACCCAGCAAGAAAGGUUCCUCCGAGCCCGCCGUCCACUACGACGGCGCCAAGGCCAAGGCAAAGUCCAAGGCCGUCGUCCACGCCGACGCCGAGGACGGGCAUGCCGGCGAUGCGGCGACGGCGAGUCUUGCUCCUGCCAACCGGACCCGGCUGCUGCGGUGCGCGUGCUGCGGCCUGGCCGCGCUCGCCGCGUUGGCCGCCGUGGUGAUCCUCGUCCUGUCGCUCACCGUGCUGAGGGUCCGGGACCCGGACCUGACCAUGGACUCCGUCACGGUGGAGCGCUUCCACGUGGGGUUCGCCGCCGUGCCCGACGGCCGCCCGCCACUGCGGAUCAACGCGACGCUGGCCGCGUGGAUCAUGAUCCGGAACCCCAACUACGCGUCCAUGUGGUUCGGCGCCAGCACGACGGAGAUUUUCCUCGACGGCGUGCCGGGCCGCGUCGGCCUAGGUAGCGCGCCGCCCGGGGAGGCGUCGGCGCGGGGCGCCAGCCAGGUCCGCGGCGGCAUGGACGUGUUCGUCGACAGGGUCGCGCCGGCCGUGGUGGGGGAGGUGCUGUUCGGCCGCGGCGAGGUGCGGCUCACGAGCCGCACGGCCAUGGACGGCAGGGUCAGCGUGCUCGGCGGGAUCUACGGGCGGCGCACGGUGCGCGUUGCCAUGCGGUGCCACGUCGUGCUGCAUGUGUCCGCCGUGGUCGUCGUCGCCGGCUUUCCUUCAUGCGUCGCGGAGUUCGGUCGCUGA